AACACUUUAUAUGGUCUCAACUAGUCAGUUAUAUCUAUCCAUGUAGUAGUAAAAAUCUUUGCUAUGGUCUAUGGAUAUAAACAGGCAUUUUUCCUUUGUUGAAUAAGUGACUAGAUAGUUGAAAUUGCAGAGGGAGCCGAGAGAGUUUGGUGUCAAAUGGCGGAAUCAAACCCAACAGAGUCAACUCUGCUAGCUUCUAAAAUAUGCAAUCAGAUAAGCUCUGUCUUCUCCAACACCGCCACACAAACCCCAGCCUUGGAAGUUCUGGUGCAAGAAAUCACAGCCGCUGCUACCCGCAACGGCAAGGUGUUCGUGUACGGCGUGGGCCGUGAAGGGUUAAUGCUGAAAGCCCUAUCCAUGAGGCUUUUCCAUCUGGGUUUAUCAGCCCACUGCGUCUUCGACAUGAACACUCCUCCAAUUGGGCCGCCGGACCUCCUAAUUGCCUCCGCCGGCCCAGGGGGUUUCUCCACCGUGGAUGCAAUCUGUGGUGUGGCCAAAUCCAACGGUGCUCGUGUGCUGUUGCUGACAGCUCAGCCCGAAUCCGGAUCUUCUGUGAAGUACGCGAGUGUUGUUGCUCAUAUUCCGGCUCAGACAAUGGCUGAUGAUAACGCUGGUGACGCGGAGCAGGAUAGGCCACUGCUUCCGAUGGGGAGUUUAUAUGAAGGAGCCAUGUUGGUGCUGUUUGAGAUGGUGGUUUUUAAGUUGGCAGAUGUUUUGAAGCAGAGUCCUGAGGCUGUGCGAACACGCCAUACCAAUCUGGAGUAAGCAUAAACGUUGAGGUAUUGAGGUUAAAUAUUUAGGAAUAUUUGGUUUUUGAACUAAGAUGGGAAGCAUAUAUCAUAUGUAUGGACUAUGGUGUAUCCAGUGGCUGAGCUAGGUUGAAGAAAGGGAAUUCAAUUUGCUUGGUUUAUAUGUAAUGUAAGUUCUUCAAUUCCCUCGGCAUGGAGAAAAUUCUAGUGAAGUGUGGCAAAGGAUGUAAACAUUGCUACUUUUGAAUUCUCUUGCAUAAAUUCCCGGCUCGUACCUUGAUUAUGAUGUCUUGUGAGUCCACUAGUUUAAAGCUAAAUCUGGUUAAUUAAAUUUCCAUUUGUGCCCAACACAAAGCAGGACAAGAUAAGGAGUAAAUUUCCCUCAUUUAUAUCCAGUAUUUUAUACUACUACCUCAUCAUUCUUUUUGAGUUUGUGAAAUUUUGUUCAAAUAGGCCCUAAGAAAGGAAAAAUGGGGCCGUACACAUGGAUUUCACCUUAUGUUU